AUGCUAACUAUCAGAUGUGCGAGGCAAACAAGAGCCUUCCUCCGCCCGCCAGCCGCCGCGUCCGCCACCGCCAACGCGAAUAAUACCACCGCCGCCGCCACGUUCUUCUACUCCUCACUGACGCACAGUUCUUAUCCCUUUUCCCCAUCGCAUUCCCUGUCUCCUUCCUCCCCUAAUUCAACGGCACCAGAUGGAUCUCAGCCCGAGGUGCAUCCAAACGAAAUUGUUUCAUACUUCAGAGAAUGGUUCAUGUCCCGAAAGAAACCCCACUUCGACACCGUCUUCGAGAUCCUCCGCACCCAGGAGGGGUCCGCCGCCGACUCAGCCCUUUCCCGAUUGAAUCUCAGGUUAUCGGAAAUCCUAAUUCUCGAUGUGUUGGAUUAUGGUAAGAAGGACGUCCUCUCCUGCUUGAAAUUCUUCGACUGGGCCGGGCGGCAGCCGGGCUUCCACCACACGAGAACCACGUUCGAUGCCAUUUUCCGGAUUAUAUCCAAAGCCAAGAUGAUGAACUUGAUGCUGGAGUUUCUGCAGAACUAUAUGAAGCAGAAGUAUGUUCACAAGAUCAGGCAUUACAACAUAUUGGUGAUGGGUUAUGCCGUGGCAGGUAAACCCGAGACUGCACUCCAGGUGUAUGGCGAAAUGCGGUUCCUAGGCGUGGACCUUGACGAGCUAGCUUACCAUAUCCUCCUGAACUCUUUCAUCGAUCAUGGUUAUUUUGAUGCUGUGGAGACUGUAGCUCGCGAGAUUAGACUUAGAGGCUUCCAGAAUGAGAUCACACAUUCGAUUAUGAUGAAGAGUUUCUGCAAGCGGAAUGAGUUGGAGAGAGGUGAAGAGUAUUUGCGCGCCCUUGCCCGUGAUAAUGCUGAGCAGUUGAGUGAUACUUCUGUGGGUAUCUUUGUGGAUGCCCUGUGUAAGAAUAAUCAAUUCAAGAGGGCUGAAUUGUUGGUUUUGGAUUUGCAGAAAAUGGGUAUAAUCUCGCUUAAUCAUGCAUAUGGUGUAUGGAUUAAGGACCUUGUCAAGGCUGGAAAGCUGGAUAGUGCUUUGGAAGUCUUGAAGGAUAAGCAGGCUAUCCAGGGUUUUGUUCCCGACAUAUUCAGUUACAACAUGUUAAUUUGCAGGCUUUUGAGGGAAAAUGGAAUAUCGGAACUGUAUGACAUGUUGGUGGAAAUGAGGGAUCAGGAGAUACUGCCUGAUGAUGUUACUAUGAAUGCUAUCGUGUGCUUCUUGUGCAAGGUGGGGAGAACGGAUAUUGCAAUGGAUUUAUACAAUUCACGGGUCGAAUUUGGCCUUUCGGUUAAUUAUAUGGCUUAUAAUUAUCUAACAAACACUCUACUGGGGGAUGCCAGUGUUGAUGAAGCUUGUCGUGUGUUGAGGAAUUCAAUGGAACAGGGCUAUAUACUCGGACAGAAAACAUUUUCCAGAAUUACUGAUGCUCUAUGCAGAGCUGGAAGGCUCGAUAAGAUGAAGGAGUUGGUUCGUUUUAUGUUUGAUCACAAUAUCAUGCCCAAUAAUGCGACGUAUGACAAGUUUAUAUCUGAUUUUUGCCGAGCCGGAAGGGUCGAGGAAGGGUACGUGGUCCACGGCCUGAUCAACUCACUGAAUAAGCAAUCCCGGAGGAGUUCUUAUAUUGACCUGAUUAGUGGAUUUAGUAAGUCGGGUAGAGGAAGUAUUGCAGCUACAUUACUCAUUGAAAUGCAAGAGAAGGGUUAUUUACCAAGUAGGAAACUGGUGAGGGAAGUGAUAUGCUGCAUAUGUAAAGAAGAUAAUUCAAAUAAUCAAUUUUUCGCAUUGCUCGAGAUGCAUUUUGCUCGAAAUCUGUUGCCUGCCUAUGACGUUUACAAAUUUUUCAUUGAUGGAGCUGGUCAUGCAGGGAGACCAGAACUAGCUAGACAAGUAUACGAAAUGAUGAGAAGAAGUGGUAUUAAAUCAGACAUUAAGUCUAGCAUCCUAGUGUUGCAGAGUUAUCUGAAGAGCAGGAGAAUUGCUGAGGCUUUGAAUUUUUUCCGUGAAUUGUCCACAAGAUGGCAUAAGAGGAGACUGUGGAACACUAUGGUUAUUGGUCUCUCCAAGGCCGACAAGCCUGAGCAUGCAUCGAAAUUAUUGGAUGAUAUGAAGGCAAAAAAGUUGAUACCCAGUGUCGAUUGCUACGAGGGACUUAUUAAGCUGAGAGUACCAGAAAAGUUUGUCCAAGUUGAAAGUGAAGUUGCUCUGAUUUGGAGGAAGAUGCGAAAUGACAGGCAGAUGCACGACUUCAAAAAAUCUCGAUCGUCAAAUAGACCUGCGGUUUUAAUUCGUCAGUCCGUUGGUGGCGACAAGCCCAACGAUUCAUUAAUUUAA